UGUCGCCACUUCCCCUUCAGGGAUCGUGUAUCGUGGCACAUCGCCGCAUCUUGACAAGUCUGUUCCUUCGAGAACAUCUCUGCCGCCAAGUUCAAGACCAUGUUCAGAAUCACCGUCAUUCUGUUGCUCUGCGCGGCAAUCGUCUGCACGCAGAUGCCGGACAUCUUCGAAGGCUGCGUCCGUUACAACCGUAAGCACGAAGAGCCGCAGAAGUGCACCUUUGAGCCCCGCAGCCGUAUUCGUGGCAACGCAAGCUUCGAGCACAUUGCUCACCUGGUUCUGAAGUAUGGCAAGAUCCAACCCACCUCUGGCCAGCUGAACACACUCCUGAGACUGACUCGCGUGGCAACCGAGCACUACAGGACCGUGAAGGAUUUCAGCGUCCGACUGGAAUUCAUGACCACUCUUAGCAGUUGCAACACCUGGCAAAUCUACAAUCCUCAAGAGUGCCUUCCACUCGAGGGAAAGGUUCUCUGCAACAUGGAUGUUCAGUACGCCGCAUUAAGUGCGCGUAACCACGGGCACACGCCGUUUGCGCCACCACCCAGAACCCUACAUCUGUCGCCCAACGGGCAUGAACUUCGCCUCGCAGACUUGUACCUCGCGGCUCGGCGGUUCCUCCGUGACUUCCUUGUCCAUUCUCUCACCGCCCUCGGCUUACCGUUCGUCGCCGUCAUGGUCCUCGACGACGCUGCCGCCCUGGCUUCUCUACCUGUUGCGGCGGAAGAGGCAGCCUCUGCUCAGGAGGUCUCGACGGCAGCUGGUAGUGAGGAUGGGUCAGGUGAUAGCGAGGACAAGAUAAGCAAGGCCUAG